CCUCGGCCGGCCAAUUUGCUGGCCUGGGAAAGGACCUGGCUUUGUCAAGCAAAUUUUUGGCCAGUCAAUUUUUUUUUGUCAGUUAAAAUUUAGGUUUCAUUUAAAUAAAGAUCAGAAGUUUUUGGCAGAGCCAAAUUUUAGCUUGUUACAUUGAGGCUUAAAACCAAACACGCUCUAAACCAAACAACCCCUAUAUAAACCCCCCAAAUAGCCUGCCAUAAGCGAGCUACUUCCAUGUCCAUGUACAUGAUGUACCUGAGCUAGCCUUAGCCUGUUCAGCGAGCAACAGAUUUUUUGCAGGUUGCUGUACAGAGCUUGCUCACGCUGAUCAUGGCUAAGGCUCAGCUCAUUGCCCGGUUCGCCAUCGAGGUCGCGCCGUCGCAGCUGUCGUCGAUCGUCAGGCGCCGCCGUGCGCUCCCGAGGAUGCUGGACACGAUAGCCGAGGACGAGAAGGAGGCGGCCGUGGCGGAGCUGUCAUCUUACGCGCUGCUGCAUGCGAAGGCUCCUCGCCAAAAUUCGAGCCGCGCUACCAGGGAGACCGGCAGGUCCUCGGUGCACGGCGAGAGGCGCCCCAUAGCCGGCAACUCGAUGGCGUACGGCGAGAAGCCGGCCAUACUCGCCUAGCCAGGCAGAGGCGGCCGGAGCUCUACACGAUCGGCGCGCGUGCUUCGGUAGCAAGUUAAUUUGCUAGUAUGAUAUGUGUAUUGUCAUGCUCUCGAUGUGGUUUUAGAUGAAGGGAUGCAUGAACUGCGGUGUUGACGUUAUGCGUGCGUAUUAAACUUGCAGGUAUAAACGGAAUUGUGGUCUCGAGUAGUACUACAAGCUUGAACAUGUAACGUUGUUCUUCGUUCAUGGCAUAUUAAUAGCCAAAUAAAAUGGUUCUCAGUCUAUACUUUUACAUAAGUACUCCCUCCGGUUAUAAAAGAGUGAUGUUUCCAAUUACGUGCGGUUAAUAUUUUUGAACUUUGACCAUCAAUAUCAUUUUAAAUAUUUUUGUUGAACUUUUGAAAAUGGUAGAGCUAGUUUUGUUUUGAGAUGUUGAAAAUUGAGGGCAUAUCUGGUCCCUUGCGUGAUUUCGGCCGGUCCAAACUCAUGCACCGGGCGCACAGGCUAGCUCCCCUAACCAU